AUGUCGUUGACGGAAGAGCAACUUCGGGCUAUCUCAAUAGCAGAAAGAGUGGGGGGAAGCUCUUCUCUGCUGGGCUGUGCGUUUAUUGUGACGACCUAUUGCGCUUCGCCCGCUUUUCGCAAGCCCGUCAACCGACUGAUCUUCUAUGCUUCCUUCGGGAAUGCUUUCGCGGGUGUUGCGACUAUCAUCAGCAGAGAUGGUGUUUUAGCAGGUCCAAACUCCAGCCUAUGCCAAGCACAGGCAUUCUUUAUUCAAUAUUGGAUGCCAACGGACUCGUUAUGGUCAUUUUGUAUGGCGGUCAAUAUAUACUUGACUUUUUACCGGAGAUACUCAGCAGAAGAUCUCAAGAAGCUUGAAAAGUGGUACUUUGCUCUUUGCUAUGGGUUACCGUUGAUCCUGGCAAUUAUACUGAGCGUCAUAAAGACUGCCGAAAGAGGGAGGGUCUAUGGGCCGGCUCUGCAUAAGACUGACCCCUGCUUAGAUAUGGUGUUCGAUCACGGAACCAUGGCAAUUCUUACGUUUGGUGUGCUUUUAUGGUCCAGUGUGCUUCUCGCAACUUUAGAACUGACUUCCUUUUUACAGGGUGCGGGCGUCCGCAUCUAUCGACAGCAAAAGGCUUUACGGAUGACCAAAGAUGCGCCACCUGCAAACAGAGUGAUCAACGUGACUCGAUCGGUCUCGUUCGAUGUAACCGCCUGUGCAGACAAAGGGGCAACGACGGAGCCAGCCAUGCCAUAUUCGACCUGUAUCGAGUCCCAAAAGUGUCAUUCUGGAAGUGGGUUGGACAUUCAGGUCAAGAAGAAUCACUCUAUGUGGAGUUAUUUCAGAUACUCCUUUAUUUUCUUCAUAGCCAUGGUCGCUACGUGGUUGCCGUCAUUCAUCAAUCGAAUCUAUGGAAUUAUCGAUCCCGCGAAACCAAAUUUUGGCUUGAAUUUGGCGGGUGCAUUUGUCCUCUCUCUCCAAGGGGUUUGGAACGCGAUUAUCUACACAUCGACCACUCUUCCGGUUUUUAAAGCCAAGCGGGCUUCUAUGGUCAAAUCCAGAUCACACGCAAGGCGGCCUGUUAAAACCGCUAGGGGGGGAAUUGACGAUAUCUCGCUUGGGCAUGUGGGAUUUGAUGAGAGGUCUAACGCAGGCAGUACAUCCUCUUUGGCAAUCCGUUCCCCGCCUGAAAACCCCAUCGCCGACGUGUAG